GAAGUCAAUCAGGUCAUCAAACUUGGAUCCCGAUUCUACUUUGGAAACGGAAACACAUCCCACAAAAAAUAAAAUUAUGAUUCUGUGUGUUAAAUACGAAGAAUUCAAUUGCAGUCUCGCGUGUAAAGUUGCAUGCAACGAACAACGGCAUUCUUGAAUGAAGAUAUUGUCAUUUUCCUCUAUCGAUCCUAUAACAGCAGACAGCAUCCUAUUACAAUGGGGAAAACGUAUCACAUGGAGGAAAAGUACGAUAUGGCCAAGUGCCAGUUGUAUAAUGAGAAGAAUUCUUUCGCAUUCUGGAUCAUAAUUAUUUUACUCUUCUCUCUGGCGCUGGGAAAUUUGUGUCUCACCUUGGCUAUAACUGGAAUACUGAAGAUUUAUAAGGGUAUGGAAAACAUCGAGUUGAUACAGGGAGAAGAAACGGUCAAAUUUUUCGGAAACAUCGAUUUCGACCGUCUCUACAAGCAAGACGGCAAAAUAGAAGGGUUCCAUGAAGAACCUGUCGAAAUAACUGGUGACAGCGGUCCGGUGUCGGUCAACUUGGUGAAUCGUAAUGGACAUUCACACAAUAAGAUCACCCUUUCCAAGAAUGGGAGCAUUUUCAAGGGAAUAAAUCAUUUCGAGAUAAAGGAUUCGACGUCUGGAAGGCAGAUUUUCACUACUACUAGACCAAGCUACAAUAUGCCACAGGGAGCCAAUAUGCUGCACACCAAUCUCAUUUACGCCGGUAGAAUUGCAUCCCCCAUCAAUGGAACGUUGAAAUUCCAAACUCGCAAUAAAUUUACCCUUAAGGGAACCGAGGGAACACGAUUGGAAGCAAAGGAAAUCAUCUGGUCAGCGGAUCAAAAUAUUUAUUUGAAAUCAGACAAUGGUAGCAUGGUAAUUACAGGAGGAAACGGGGUUUACAUCAACGUUAAUAGUUUGCCGAUAGUUCAAGGUGAGCAGGGACUUCGGUCGGGAAAUAGUCAAUACAAAUUGUGUGUAUGCUAUCCACAAGGGAAAAUUUUUCGUAUCCCGAUACCAAAGUCUCAUAACGUGAGAGUAAGUUGUGCUCAUUUCAACAGCUGGAACGAUCCAUGUGCUUAAGCUUAAGCUUAUCCAGCGUUCUUAUAGUACACUUUAGCUCUCUGAAUUACAACAUUUGACUCAUAUCAUAGUGAACCAUGUUACUUAAUUAAUAUAAGACUUAGAAAAAAUCGG